AUGGAUCCCACGGCUUCCGCGGGCGCGGCCCCCACGGAGGACAGCGCUCUGGUGCCGCAGGCGAGCUCAGAGCACGGCGAGCAUUCCGAGCAUCUCGAGCCGCAACGCGUGAGGCGCCUCCCCCUCGCCGCUGCGCUCCUCGCCACGCUGGCGUGUGCCGCUGGGAUCAGCUACAGGCUUCAGCAUGGCUCAGCCCUCACUCGACAGCCUCUGCUGUCUCCCGCGUUUCCCAUCCUGGAGCAGGCCGAGAGCAAACCGAGGCAUGCUCUGGUGAUCGGGCCGUCCCCUGCCAAGGCGAAGGGCACUGACUCAGAUGCAACGCAUCGUGAACGUUCUUGCCUCACUUUUCCAGGUAUCGUUCUCGCAGAUGGGGCAGGCUUUAUUGGUUCGGUUGAGGGAAAAAAGAAGAUGCCGUCGGCAGCGAAGUGCCAGGAAGAAUGCAUCAAGCGCGCAAACUGUGCGCAGGCAGUCUACGCGAGAGCGGCCGACGGGUGCUACAUGUCCGGGGGGCGAACACUGGAAGUAGGCGUGCCCGGUAUUGAUAGCGAUGAUUCGGAUGACUACCACGAGUCCAUGCUGUGUGGCACAAGCGACGAGAUGUCCAAAUUGAAGCCUGAACACGCGAGAGUUCUCGACAUCGCCACCAUGCAGAACGAGGCGCUGGAGGGCUGGAAGAAAAUGAGCAAGCUGAAGCAGGACAGGCUGGCCGAGGUGGCCAGCAAGUGGGACGACGCCGAGAAGAGAGCGCGCGAAGCCCUGGAGUCGAUGGCCCCGUGGGGGAAAGCUGCCCUGCUGAAGGGGAUUCCUAAGACGGGCAGCGGCUACGCAGGCUUCAUUCAAAACGGUGAUGUCCGGCUGACGAUGAACGAUGGGCCUCAAGGCUACAACGCCUACACGACCGACAAGGCGAGCAAGAGCACUCAGUUCCCGGCGCUUCUCUCCAUCGCCGCCAGCUUCAACCCUGAGAUCUCGCGGAGGUACGCGCAGGCGGUAGCAGAGGAGUUCACCGUCAAGGGAUCGAACGUGCUUCUCGGUCCAGAUGUAGAGAUCAUCCGUUCCCCGCUCAGUGGACGUAGCUUCGAGACCCUCACGGGGGAGGACCCAUACUUGGGAAGUGAGCUCGUGAGGCCCUUCGUCAGGGCUGUGCAGGCUAAGGGGAUCAUUGCAACGGUGAAGCAUUGGUUGAACAACAACGAGGAGAUCUACCGCCAAUCAAUGAACGUUGAGGUGGGUGACCGAGAGCAGCACGAGAUCUACAUGCCCGUCUUCAAGGCUGCGUUCGAGGCCGGAGCAGGCUCCGUCAUGUGCGCGUACAAUCGGGUGUACGGCGAGCACGCUUGCGAGAACAAAAAGCUGCUCCACGACCUUCUGCGCGAGGACCUUGGCUUCCGGGGCUUCGUCGUAAGCGACUGGGGCGCCACCCACGACGGCGUGAAGUCCGCGUUUGCGGGUCUGGACGUGGAGAUGCCAGAAGGGGACGCGUUCAAUGGUCUCAGCCCCGACGAGCAUGGUGACAGGAUCGACCGGAUGGCGGGACACGUGCUCUCUUCGUGGUUCGCGUCGGGCCAGGCCGAUGGGCUCUUCGGCGCGGACGAGGGGGUGUAUCCGGGAAGCCCAGCCUCGGACGCUAGGACCGACGCCCACCUCAACGUGGCGCGGGAAACGAUCAUCGACAGCGCUGUGCUGCUCAAGAACAAGGACGGCGUCCUGCCACUCCAGGGGGCCGGGAAGAAAAUCGUGCUGGUCGGCAGGUACUGCAACCAGGGCACGGACAGCGACUUCUUGCAGGGCAGCGUCUACUCGGGAGGAGGCAGCGGCUACGUGGAGAGCUCCACCCUGGUGACCCCCUACAACGGCAUCCGGCAGAAGUUCCCAGACGCCGCCUCCGUCACCCUGGCCCAGACGGCCGACGACGUCGACAGUGCCGACGUGGCCAUCGUGUGCGUCUCGGCGCACGCCGAGGAGGGCUGGGACCGCACGGGCCUCGACAUCCCCGACGCGUAUGCCCUCGUGCACGGGCUCCGCGAGAAGGACCCUUCCAUGACCAUCGUGGUGCUGGCCAUCUCGCCCGGGGUGGUCACCACUGGGUGGGUGUGGGACGCGGACGCCGCCCUCAUGCUCUUCAUGCCAGGCGAGCAGAAGCGCUACACGAAGGACCAGUACCCGGGGACGUGCCCGCCUCCGAACACGUGGUGCAAGGAGAUGACGGCCAACUUCUCCGAGGGGGUGCUCAUCGGUUACCGGUGGAAUGACGCCAUGGGCGUGCCGUCGGUGUUCCCCUUCGGGUACGGCCUCACGUACACGGAGUUCGAGUUCACGAACCAGGACGUAAUCUGCAGCAAGGAGAGGGCCGUCGUCACCAUGACCGUGAAGAACAUCGGUUGGCGCAAGGGCGCGGCAGUCCCCCAGCUCUACGUGAGCUUUCCCAGCCUGAGUCCCGUCGUGCGGCAGCUGCGAGGCUUCCAGAAGGUAGACGUGGAGAAGGACAGCGAGGUGAAUGUGGCGUUCUUCCUCGGGCCUGAAGACUGGAGCUACUUCGAUGUGGACGCUCAGGCGUGGGUCUCUGCGGUGUCCAAGGGCGAGAACAUCACGGUCAGCUUGGGCAGCUCCUCAACGGACCUGCCCUGGAAUCGCACCUUCUCGUGCUGA